ACCCUUUCAUGUUAUGUAAUUCUUACAGGGAUAGCUUAAUCAGUUCAAGAUCCUUAUAGAAUUAUAUAUCCUCUCUUUCUCAGUCUCUUAUUUUAUUCUUUUUUUUUUUAUUUAAGGGAAUAAAUCUCACAACAACAACAAAAAAAAAAAAAAAAAGAAGAAGAAACCUAAUCUUUUAUCAUGGAUAUCAACCCUACAAAGUUCACAAACCAAACUUUGAAUCUUGAAAUAAUGUCCAUGGAAAACCAAAUCUUCCAUGACCAAAUUCCUUACAUCAACCCAUAUUGCCCUGCUGGCUACUUUUUCCAAACACAUCAAACCCCACCAUCUUCUAUUCCCAUAUCAAUCUCGCCUUUUCUUCGUGACCACACAGGAAAUCGUCACACAGAAGUAGAAGAAGAAGAAGCAGCAGCAGAAGAAGAAGAAGAAGAGGAGGAGGAGCUAGGAGCCAUGAAAGAAAUGAUGUUCAAAAUAGCCGCAAUGCAGCCAGUAAACAUAGAUCCAGCCACAAUUUACAAGCCAAAAAGGCGAAACGUGAGAAUCAGCGACGAUCCACAGAGCGUAGCCGCGCGCCAUAGGAGAGAAAGAAUAAGUGAAAAGAUAAGAAUCCUUCAAAGACUUGUACCUGGUGGUACGAAAAUGGACACCGCCUCCAUGCUAGACGAAGCUAUUCGUUACGUCAAGUUCUUGAAGAAGCAGAUUAGGUUACUUCAAUCCAAUACUAACAGUAACAGCAAUAAUAACAAUAAUCAAGACCCACCAUGCAUUGGAGAUUGGCAGCCUCUUGGUUCAAACUCUUCUCUCGAGCCCCAAGCAGCAGUUGCAGACCAUGGAUUCACCUUUCGCAGUAAUUGAAGUAAAAAAAAAGAGAUAAAACAAACUCUGCAGCUGUGUGCUUCAAUCGAUCAAUCAAUCAUCAGGUAAUUAAUCAGUGAUUAGUGGCUAAAAAGGGUAGUAACUAUUAUUAAAUAUGAAUUAAUUAUUGUCUUUGAAAUCAAUAUCAGAAGGAAAUCCGUAUGUAUGUGAGGGGAAAAGGUUGUUAGGAUAUGGUUGACUAAAGGGUAUAUAAAAUUGUCUGUGGAAUAAUCAUAACGGUUACGUGCAAUCAUAUAUAUGUGCAUAUUUUUAUAUAAUAAAGCCCAUGGAGUUUGAGGGUUGGCCGGAAAGUUUGUUUGGCCGACUCUCCUCCGGGAAUAAUACAGUGACGUGAGAAAGCUUUUUCCUU